UUUAUUUUAUAUUUUGUAAACACACAAACAUGGAGUGUGCUUUUCUCCCGACAAAAUUACGAUUAAAUACGUUUUACAAGUGUACGUUUCGUCGACACCAUCAGAUAUUUUGAUUCUGAUUUCUGAUGAGUUGAGACGAUUCCGACGCAUUCGUCUUCUCGAAGGUUCUUAACCGGCCUCCAAAGUAGGAAAUAUCCAUCAUGUUACCAAAUUUCAGUCCGGUCGUACAGACACUAUUUGGCACUUUGUUCACAUGGGGCUUAACGGCUGUCGGGUCCAGUUUAAUCCUGGUAUUCAGCGGUACACAAAGAAAGCUACUGGAUGGGAGCUUGGGAUUCUCAAGUGGUGUGAUGAUAGCGGCAUCAUAUUGGUCACUGUUAGCACCAGCAAUUGAACUAGCUGGACAGGACAGUACCUAUGGAAUUGACGGACAGUUUUCAUUUAUACCCGCACUAGUUGGUUUUGUAUUUGGUGCAUUUUUUGUGUACUUAUCAGACCUAAUCAUAUCAUUGUAUGAAAUGGACGUACUUAAUAUUUUAAUACCUGAAGCAAAUCAGUGUUCAAAAAAGAAGUUUAAAUGUGAUUCUGAUACAGAACGUACUUAUUAUAAAGAUAAUCAACAAUCAAUUGGAAUAACUGAUGAAAUUUCAGAUGCUAGACAACGAUGCUAUAAAUCUACCCAUCCACCACCAGAAUACACUGAAAUAGAAUGUGAUAAUGAUGUGAAAGCAUGUAGUUGGAAACGUAUUCUAUUACUCAUAAUCGCUAUAACUGUGCAUAAUAUUCCUGAAGGCCUUGCUGUUGGCAUAGCGUUUGGAGCUGUUGAUUCAUCGCCAUCUUCUACAUUUAAUAGUGCCAGGUGAGUUACUUUACUAUAGUACAAUAAUAUA